AUGAAGAAAAAAAAUAGAAAUAAUACAUUUGAUGAACCACGAUUACUUUGGUUAAGACAUUUUUCUGCUGGUAUUUUUGCUGGUGGUGCUAGUCGAACAUGUACAGCUCCUAUUGAUCGUUUACGAACAUUUUUUCAAGUUUAUGGUCUUGAUAUAAAUGGACAAAUGACAAUACGUACAACAUUAAAUUCAAUGAUUAAUGAAGGUGGUAUUCGAUCAUUAUGGCGUGGUAAUUUAAUGAAUGUAAUUAAAAUAUCACCGGAAACUGGUCUUCGUUUUAUGUCAUAUGAAGCAUUUAAAAGAUUAGUUGGACAAACACAAACAUAUGAAAUAAGUAUUUUAGAAAAAUUUUUAUGUGGUUCAACAGCUGGUUUUACAGCUAGUGCAUUGAUUUAUCCAAUGAAAACAAUUAAAACUCGACUUACUAUACGUAAAACAAAUGAAUAUAAAUCAAUUAUGGAUUGUAUGAUGAAAAUAUAUCAUGGAGAAGGUUUACGAGCUUUUUAUAAAGGUUUAUUACCAAGUGCAUUAGCUAUUCUUCCAGCUAGUGGUAUUGAGCUUGCAUUAUAUGAAACAUUAAAACGACGUAUAGAAACUUAUCAAGGUUAUAAAACAAAUUCAAUAGAAAAAUUAAUUGUUGGUAAUAUAUCAAAUUGUAUUAGUCAAUUUUUUAUUUAUCCAUUAUUAAAUGUUCGAACACGACUACAAUCAAAUAUUGGUCAGUCAGAUACAAUGACAAAAAUAUUAAAACGUCUAUGGUUACAUCAUGGAUUAAGAGGUCUUUAUAAUGGAUUUUCAUUACAUAUGUUACGUUUGGCACCAGCUAGUGGAAUCUCAUUUCUAACUUUUGAAUAUACUAGUCAAUUAUUAGGAGUUAAAGCUUUAUAG